AUGGCUUCAUUCUUUCAGCCCGGGUCGAAUGACCCAACCAUCGACGAGUGCGGCGCCUCGCGAUUCCAAGUCUAUUGCAAUGCGGUUCUUCCAGCAGAGCGCCUCCUCCAAAAUUGGUAUCAGAAGGUGGACCUGGCUUUGGGCGCUGGCGCUCUCGCAAUGCCCACCUUAAUAUUGCUCUUUCUUCUUUCGAGACGAACAUGGGCGUCAAACCUAACAAAACUUCGGGGGCGGCCGGCAAAGAGGGUAGCAAUAUCAACGGGCCAUGGCGGAGGCCCGAAUGCAACACCACUGCUGUUCGAGUCGACCAGGUCAUUUCGCAUUUACUCGGAGACGGAAUCUCCAUCAGGACUCGAAGAUACUAGACAAUAUGACAUCAGUAUUUUCCCGCUCGCCACCACUGGCAGGUACUCAUGUCGAGGCGAGAGUUUUAGUCGCGGCUCGAGCUUAACGGUUCCUCGAAGCAUUGGUCAAGACAAUCGUAUAUCCACCUCGAGUAUGACUGCUGAAGCCAUCCCAACAAAGAUGAAUCUGGGUUCUAUCGAUAUUGGAUCCAUUGGUUCUGCGGCUUUUGAAGAUGACGCAAUAAAUCGCACAGUAAACGUUCUGGCCGACACUUGCCUCCAAAACAGUCUUGCCGGCCUCGCCGUCCGGUCUUCACCUACGAUAGAGUCGCAGCAAGUCGAGCGGCUGGUUGAAUUGUUGUAUCUCCGUGGUAUCUCUGUCAUCUUACUGUGCAACCACGACUCUGACGAAUUGGACUCCAUCAGCUUCAGGCACGCUUCCGGUAUCGUCAUUGAGAAUGCGACCAUUUUACGGAAUGGCGAACGUAGGGACUACUUCCAGGCUAAACGACUUCGAAGGCUGAUGGGAAGGUGCGAAAAGGAGCGAGAGAUGAGGCCAGAAUUCUUCCUCGGCUUUCUGGAGCUUUGGCAUCACAGGCCGCAUCCUUCUGUAAUUCGGCGAGCAGUCAAGUUGGGUGAACAUUUCGGGGCUGUCGUGGAGCAAGGGCCAGUACAUCCCAACUCGAGGACUGAAGCAUCCUCAAGAGACGUGAGCCGGACUUUGAGCGCAUUUGAAUAUCUGAGACGAGACAAAGUCACAGAGCUGCAAAAAAGCUGGUUAUCGGAUUCGAGAAAGGUCUGGGUACCGAACCGAGGACCGGAACCCCAGGUCAACUCACUGCCGCUCCAGAGCCUUGACUCGGCAAUCCCACACAUAUCUAACUUUCUCCAUCACCAGUCACUGCCCUUGGAGCUCAGCGUUUUGCGCAAUGAGGAGCCGGCGCGGUCGUACCCACCCAACUACGUGGAACUGGCACCCAAGCGCAAGGACUUCUUUGAGAUUUCUGCAGACGGGAUUGCGUUUUCUCACUUCGGCUGCUUUUCCCUCAUCGCGGACCCUUCUGCUGAGGAUUACGUCGCCGUCGUGAAAACACAGUGCCGCCUCAAGGAGCUCCAGAUGCUGCAUGCCGUGCAAGGCAUCGAGACCUACCGUCUCCUAGAGGUGAUUCGGCACUUGGCUGGUCACACGGACUGCGACGACUUGAUUCAUGACUUGGUCGAGGGCCUUGAGUCAGAGCAAGUCUGUGUUUUCAAGGGACUCGAUGCUGGGUUUAAAGUCCCGGAUGGAGAUGGCUAUUUCUGGGGCGUGACCAAGGCUCGAGACAUGCAAACGAAACUGGCAAUAGACAUCUUCAUCUCGCAAGCAGCUCCAAGGGAUGCAACUACCAUUUUGCAUACCUGGCUAGCUCAUCAUGGCGUACACCGCGCUACGCGCCUGGAUCUCGAGUUCCGACUCGAAAGGGCUAAUGGACUCGGCGAUAGCAGCGGCUUGCCACUGAGUAUCCGGGUUGCCAUCGAAAAGGCCACUGAUGCUGAAAGGCUUCAGCUACUCCAGCAGAUGCGAGUGUCUCAACUCAGCCACCAUUUUAGAGAGCCUAUCGUCACUUUCUGUAGGUCAAUCCUUAUCGACGAAACGUCCAAGUAUUCUUGGAACCAGCACCAUGCCCGAGGGCUUCUAGAUGGUUCAAUGUCAACCAAGACGAUGUUCAGAACCAGACUUGAGUACUUUGUACGAUGCGGCGCAAGUGAGCUCCCCAGUGUUGAGAGUCUUCUGAGGCUGUAUGAACUCGUCGAAACGACCAUCCACAACGCCCUUUCCAAUGGUGACAGAGUGCAUCUCAACACCUUUACGAAUGCUCUUCUCAAAGCAUACAACCCUGCAUGCUCCUCGAGCUCAAACGACUACGUCGAUGUCAACGCCGAUCUUUUCGCGCUGACAUUCUUCAGCAUACUGAGAAAGGCGGCCUUUGAGGAAGUGUAUAUAGAGUCCACGGACCGUUGUCCGAUAUUUCUCGCAUGCCCUGACCAAGCUGCCGUCUUUUCGGAACUCUGGGUCCUUGGCUCUCAGUGCGAAAUCUUCUUCGGCCUCAUGCCGUCCGACCUGGGCGAAAUCAUAUACAAACGAUAUAAAGACUUUCUCGCGGAGCGGCCACCCGUUGCUAGUGAUCGGGAAAACAAUGAGAUCAUGACAAUGUAUUCGAGUUCCGAGGCACCUCUACCUUCCAAGGACACAAAAAACAGCGAUGGCCCAGAUGCCAAAAUAUUGAAGAGGCAGGAGUUGAUUGGCAGCUGGAACAAGCGAUUCACAGAGUUCGGCGCCAUGUCAAUUUUCUGUCUACCUGCCAUCAUGGACGUUCUGCUACUAACCUUUGUUGGCCGUGGCAUGUUUAUGACUGCCUACAUGGAUCACUAUCACCUCCAGGCUGCUGGUUAUGCCCUGCUUAUCUCCCUUCUGCUAACUGCAGGCGUCACCGGCUGGGUUGGCAGCACCGGCUCAUACUACCUGGCUCAUUACGCAUACAGCAAUAUGAUGUAUUUCCAUGUUCAACGCCUUUCUGGAGGCUUUGUUCUGAUGCUUAUUGUUGGCGUAUGUGGUCUGGUCGGGUUCGCAUUGGAGCGCUCGGUUGCCGUCGGCUUCGUCUUUCUCGCAUUUCUAAUCAUCAUCACCACCUACCUCAAUCUGCUGGGUGUUAUGGCCACGAUGCACCAACGCGGAAGCCCCCUUACUUCGGGGCGAAAGGUUCUCUGGCGGACUAUCCCGGGUCUUCUCUUGUCGCCAAUCAUCUCCUCCUUUGUCAAUGGCCACGAUCUCAAAAUCUAUCUCCCUGUGGCUUCUACAGUCAUUCUGCUCCUCUUGUAUCAGUACCGUCAGCUUUGCAAUGAAUGGGCUGACUGGAUGAAGAACAUACCCGAAAUUACGGACAAGGAUGUUCUGGAAUGGUACAAGUCCACGCCCGAGUCGCGCCCAGGCGACGAGGAUAUCAAAGAGAAAGCGGAUAACCAAAGCAAAAUCGCCCAAGAAGCUCUUCGCACUGCGCUCGCGACGUACCCACGGCGCAGAGGAGAAGCUAUGUCUUCGGGACUGACGAAUGAUGAGUUUGUCGACCGCGUGGCAAAAGGCAUGCCGUAUAUCGAGUGGCUAUUUACAAAGACAAACCCCAAUGGCAACGCACCGGACCUCUUCAGCAGCGCAUGGUAUACUCAGCUUGGGGAGGCGAAGAAGCAGCAGCAGCAGAUCUCACGAGGGCUCAAAGAACACGACACUAUGAUGCUCUUUCGCAACGCUCGAUAUGACAUUGGGCAGAACCUGGGUCUGUUCCUGGUUGCUCUCAUGGAUCGAUGGGUCAGCAUUAUUAUGGGCGCAAGACAGCCAAAUGUCAGCAUAUAUACCGACUCCCGAGCUCGGUACGGUAUCUGCUUUAGCAUUUUAUACUUUUGCUUCGCCGUUAUGCUGUUGGACGUCAUCCUGCAAGACUACUGGAGCAUUCGUUUCAUAUUGUCCAAGGAGAAGCUCUCCGAUUACCGCCAUUCACGAAUGGUUGCCAGAAACUGGGAGAGUAAUCGACGCCAAAAGCUCUUCUCGGCACUGGCCAAGCUCUUUAGCCACAUCAUGUUUGUCUUUGGCGGUACGACCCUUCUUCUUUGGGCUUUUGUGGACAGCCAAGAGACAACUAUCCUUUACUAUCUUUACACCCUCGGAUACACAAGUGUCAUCGUCUUUCAGUUCAAUCGAUGCUUCACCACAAACGUCCGCAUCCACGUCAUUAUCAUCUUGGUCUCCGCUUCCGUAGGACUCAUUGUAGGUUGCACGCUGCAUGCCGUCCCUGCGACUGCAGGCUGGCUUUACUCUGAUGUUUUGGCUCAGAACGUCGCGGCCGUGUCAGCGGCCUUGGGGACCCUUCUCUGGGCUUGGAGAGAUUGGACCGCUCCCAACUCCAUGGUAUCGAUAUCCUCUACCACCUACGACCGUGAAAUUUGGGCCCAGCGCUAUCUCAGAGCCGAGAAUGACGCCGAGUUAAAGGUUGUGGCUGGGAAGGUCCAAAAUGUCGGCGGUGCCAUUACCAUGCACAACGAUGGCUCUCUCACGAGCAAAAGAAUUACUCAGCUGCUGCGUCAAAGUCUCAUAAACCCAAACGGGACUGCCGCACGAAUACCGUGGGCAGUCGGCAUCCUCAAAGCAGUCGUCGAGAAAUGGGAGGAAGGAAACAUCAAGGUCGCUAUUGUGAGCCAGGAGAAAUUCUCUGAGGCUGGUUUGAAGGACAUCUGCUCAUUCAGCCAACUGGAUGGCGACGUACUCAAAAUCACGGCUGCUUUUUUGGGAGAGACAGAGCUUUGCUUGCCCUCGUGGAAGACUCAACUGACAACAAUGGUCGCGGAGUGUCUGUUGUACCAUGUAGCCCGUGUGGAUGGGAAGUUAUCACACUCCCAAGCCGUUCAAGCAGAGCAUUUCCUUUAUGGCACUUUGGUCAUGUCUAGGCGGUUUGAGCUUGAGCUUGCUAUUGCAGAUGUAAAGGACCUCGCACGAUAUGUCCGGAAGACCAACUUGGAGCUCAUGCGGCAUCUUUGCUUGGAUGUGAGCGUAGAUUCCAAUUGGGAUACCAUACCCCUGAGCGGAAGAAAAGCUAUAUUUGCACGAAUCACUGGGGAAGAAGUCGCUCACUCUCGGGAGUUUUGCCAGUGGCUAUCCAACAGCGAUAUCGACUUGCAGGCCGUUGAGUUCCACCUUCAGCUCACUCUUGAGAUUUUCCACAAGUCGGAGGAACGGUACAAGACGACCACAUGCUUUUCUCAAAAUAAUCACCCGGGCGCCGUGGGGCCUAUGGCGGAACUGAAACCCAUGCGUAUCGACAGAUCUCGCGCACCUGGAACACUUCGGGCCUUGGUAGCAUUCCCUCUAGCCUUCGUCAAGUGGGUAGCUCUCAUAUCCGGGGGCGGAUCGGAUGUUGAGAGAGAACUAUCGUACUGUCUGCGAAGUAUAUACUUUCGCCGCCCCAUUCUUUAUGUCACCCUGCUCUUGUGGAAGAUGUGUUGGAUGAUGAAGAACUUUUGGGUAUUCACCUUCUUAGUCUACCAUCGUCCGGCCCUCGUCAGUAUUGAACGACUCGCCCGGAAGGGAGCACGUCGUCUCAUCGUUGGGAAUUUCAUUACUGUCGAAUGCCAGGGCAACACCAUUACAGGGAUUGCAGUCAAUGGUGAUGAUGGAUCCAUGAUGCUGGAGGCCUUUGACGGAAACCUCCAGGAGCACCCACACGACAUGGAGCCAAUCUUCAAAGCAACCUAUGACGAAGAUUUCCGACUCACCAGCCGAGUCGACAACGAAGGCAACACUUCGACGUACCAAUAUAAUCCUGGUAGCCGACAGAGGUGGCCUGUAUCCAGGGAAGUGGUCAACUCUAGCCGUAGGACCAUUAGCUUCUACGACAAACACGGACGCACGAUUCACGGCGUGCUAUCUCUAGGUUCAACGUCGUAUGCUUUCUACUGUCACUACAAGUCCACCCCUAAAGGAAGCCCUGAUCUGCUUCGUGCAGACUUUAAGCCUCUGAACUCGGAAUCUAAUGACAGGCUAUCGGUUUUCUGGGGUGUUCCGCUGGGUAACCGGGAAGAGUUUUACAACUGGGCUCCGUCAGAAAAGAUACGCCUCAUUGUCAGAGUAAUCGAUGGAAAGACGUUUGUUACAGAGAUUCAGUACCGCCACCGUCGCGACCCCGUCAGUGUGACGACUCUCGAGGAGGAGAACGACCGUAAGACGGCCAUCGCUCAGCAUCCCCAGGUCUUUCCUGACGAGGACCUGCUUUUGAUCCGCCCCCGAAAUCUCAUGUUUGACUCAGAAGAUGUCCUCAUUCAUCAUAGCCUUCUUCAUGUCAAGCGGAUGAGCCACGCUGCUAGCAAAAAGGGGUCUAUCAUUCCGCACUGGAGUUCAUUACCCCUGUUGGGAAAACGAGUCUACCGCCCGGUACCAACCUGGCACAUCCGAACAGAACUGUGGCGCUGUUGGCUGAGUGGCACUUUAGACGCCGUCACCGUCUGCUGGAUAGAUGAGCUCAUCCUUCGUGAGGAGCCACUGCUUCGCAAAUACUGGCAUGCGCGAGGCACUGGGAAUCUCGACGCUGCCAGGCUCGCACUGGACGACGGCAUUGACCAGAUAGUAUCAGCGAUCGAACUUGAGACGGAAGUCUCAGAGCUCUGUCUUCUUCCCAUCAGAACUGCCGACUUGUACGCAAUGGGUCUUGGAAAAGACGCUGCUCAGGUUACAAAUAGACCCCAAGACUGCUACAAUGACACCAAAGACCGCAUAUCAGUCAUAGUCAAUGACAUCGGAUGCUGGCCAGAAUCUCCAGGUGGUGUUUCGAACUGCAGACGAGACUUGGUCAACGGCCACAGCACUAUACGAAACCAUGUGCUUGCGGAGUGUGCCAACGAGUACGGCAUACCCCGUUUCCAGAUCGAGAGGAACGUCCAGUCACUGAAACUGCUUCCAUUGUGGGGACUCGACGGAAAGAAUGCGCAUCACGGGCUCAUUGACAACAUCCUGCAGUCUCAAGUCGACGACAAGAUUCGUGGCACGGACUUGCAAAGGGAUAUUGCCAGCGUUUUUAUCCCCUUAUUGAAGGACUUUGUCAGGGGAGCUCGCACCAAGCGCUAUUCUCGCGCCGAUUUGAUCAAAUACACAAAUGUAAUGCUCUCAAUUUCCAAGUACUAUGAGCACAAGGACUACAACAGUACUUGGAACUCUAGGGAAGUAGAAGACGCAUGGGCUGAGGCAUGGCUCAUGCCCUACAACGAUCCUAACAUUAACGACCCUUCCGAUUACUUCGACAUCGAGCGUCCCAGCUUCUCUGACUUUCGAGAAGCCAUGGGGAUCUAUAUGGCAUAUUUCUUUAUCUUCUCUGUCAAUGUUCCUGACGAGUGUCCGCGUGUAUUCCAGAGCACACACCAUGGAAUCAGUAGCUUGUUCGGUAUGGUCCUCAAGUACCGUCGAGGAGUGACGUUUGCAAUAUGGGAUCACGCAAUUUUGUGGCGAGAAUCCUGUCUCAACAUCAGCCCCGCUCAGUGCGAGUUACCCAUCUCGGUGCAGUCGAUGCUUUUGUCUGGGAUCCGUAUGGCAACCCGGCUGGCCUACUUCCAUGCCGACGUUGUCACCCCAUGCACCUCCCUGUUCAACCCUAUGUGGGAAACUGAACUCGGGAGUGACAGGGGCAAGCUCUGCAACAGAAAUCAUUUCCGCCGCAAGAUCACUCCAAUCGUCAACGGCAUCAGCAACAUGGACUUGUUCAAGACCGUCGAUAAAGUGCGCACCGACAAGCCCACAGUGGUCAUGUUAUCCAAUAUCCAAUUCAUCAAGGGUAUCAAGACGGCCAUUCUGGCAGCUGAGGUUGUCGUCAAUCGCUACGGCUUUAAGGAUUACAAGCUCAUGAUAUACGGAGCCAAGGAUCGUCAACCAUCCUAUGCUCUCGAAAUGGAAAAGCUUAUCGUCAAGAGCCAGCUCUCGAAUAAUGUCAUUCUGGCUGGGUUUGGUAAGCCCACAGAGGUUCUAAAGGACGCUUGGCUCUUCAUGAACUCAUCUGUCUCUGAGGGCCUCCCGCUGGCCAUUGGAGAGGCUGCUCUCGCCGGAGUUCCCAUUGUCGCCACAGAAGUGGGAGCAACCGCCUUGGUCAUGACAGAUCCAAACGAUGCAGAAAAAAGGUAUGGAGAGGUUGUAGCGCCAAACGACCCCGUGGCCCUUGCAAGGGCACAACUGAACAUGCUCUGCAUGGUUGGUCCAUGGGCCAAAUUCACACAGGAAGGCGAGGACGUGAUGCCUCCAUCACUCCCAGAUGAAGUUACAACAGACGACGUGAAAUGGCUUUCUCGGCGGAUGUACGAGAAGAGCGAUGACCGCCGCAAGCUCGGCCUCCUUUGCCGGGAGGUAGUGCUGCACAGCUUCCACGGAAACCGAUAUUUGCGGGAGCACGAGCAAAUGUACUGGAUCCAAUGGCACAUGGCCAAGAUGCGAGCCGACAUGGCACUCAUGGGAUCAUCGAAGAAUGCCUUUAAGUUCGGCUCAACCGCUCCUUUGAGAUACUCAAGCGAGGAACCAAACGAGGAUGAAGUUGACGAUGCAAUUGAGAAAGUGGAGGCGGCAAAAUACGCCGAAGGUGAAGGGCUUCUUGGGGAAACGGUUAUGCUUUCAGAAGUGCAACGCGACCUUGAAACUCAACUCGGGGAAAAGGAGGGCAGGUUUCCGAGCAUAUCAAGACUAUUUCGAGGGCAGUGGCUUGCGCCAAAUCACUUUGCUAGAGAAGCUGCGUUCCGAAUGUCCAUAACAGCAGCUGUGGUUGACCGUGAGGGUGUUCUUCGCGCCCUACUUCGGGCUGAUAAUGCGGCUAUUCACACACCAGAGUCGGCCCGUCAGAAGGCGUAUACAUCUGCAGCGUCCCGUACGGCAACUAGCGCUAUAGUGAGAACCAUCCAGCAAAAUCCUGGCGCUGCCCAGCUUGCGGCAAUUGACGACUUUCUUAUUCUUGCUAGUGGUGUGCUAAUUAGGGUCGGAAAUAAGACGAUUGGCGCCGUCGGCGUUGGUGGUGCUCCCAGCGGAGAUAUCGAUAAAGCUUGUGCAAUAGCCGCCCUCCAGAAAGCAGCACCGAAGUUUAAGCGCUAA